AGAAAUUUCAGUCGCUCUCACGUCUGAGAUCUCUAUCUCCUUCGUUCUUCAAUUCCAUCGCUCCUCUCCGACGUUUGCCGGUCUCCUUGCCGUUGCCGCUGUCUUUGUUAGGGACUAUCGCCAUCAUUUUCGUCUGCACUAGAUCUCGGGUUGCUGCGUCUUUUCCUCCUCUGUUCGACGUUCAAAUCCUCUCUUCUCAUCAGCCGACGUUGUGAUGGUUGUAAGCUUCCCUGGAUUUGCUUUGUUUUCUUCUUCCCUUCGAUGCUGCAAAUGUAGUUUUGGAAUUUCUCUGUCGCAUAGCUCCCUAAAAUGUUGACCUUGCAUCACCUGUGCAUUUGAGCAUGCUUCUUUCGGGUGCGUUUGAUCACUCUUUCCGUUUUCAAAUCAUAAAUUACGAUGAAUAGUUUCUCAUUUGGAUCUGGAAGUCCGAAGCCCUACCAAAAAAGCGAUUUUGACUUGGAAUCCGGAAAACCCAUAAAACGAUACCGAAAGUCGAAAACCUCACAUCUUCAUCCCAUCAGAAUGAUCAAAUCAUUUGGAAGUCGCCUUCAUCACUAUUUCAAGUUGCACCCAUUUAUGUGCUUCUUCAUCUCGUUAUCUUUUGGGAUCACAAUUCUUCUGAUCCUUUCUGUAUACGAAAGCCAUUACAGAACAGUGAAUAAUUACAGUAAAUUGGAUCUGGUUUCGGACGAUUAUCCAUUCCCGAAGCUUCAAAAUCUUAUAAUGGUUGCGGGCCAUUCUAUUUAUACAAGCAGUAGUUGUGGGAAGAUUGAGAAGGAGGAAUCUUGGUAUUUGGAACCUUAUCAGAAAAUCGCUGGUCAAGCUGCCACUUUUGUGACGCACAUACAAGAGGGGAUUGACAUCACAGCCAAAGAUGACUUAGCUUUGCUCUUGUUCAGUGGAGGAGAGACUCGUAAAGAUGCUGGUCCUCGCAGUGAGGCACAGAGUUAUUGGGCUGUCGCUGAUUCCAAAGGGUGGUUUGGUAAAUCAGAAAGUGUGAAGUGGAGAGCACUUACAGAGGAGCAUGCCCGUGACAGUUUUGAAAACCUCCUAUUUAGUAUUUGCCGAUUUCGGGAGCUCACUGGCUCAUAUCCCAAGAAUAUAACUGUUGUGAGUUAUGAUUUCAAGCGAGAGAGAUUUGCAAACCUACAUCGAUCUGCAAUUGGGUUCCCAGACUCAAGCUUCUUCUAUGCAGGCACUUCAGCUGCAUCGAAUGCAAAAGCGGCUGCUCUGAAAGGGGAGGCAUUGGUGAGAGCUCAAUUCCAGAAAGAUCCAUUUGGGUGUCAAAGUUCUCUUUAUCAUAAAAAAAUUAGGCGUGAUCCCUUUCAUCGUUCAAUUCCUUACCCUAAUGGUUGCCCAGAAAUGCAAGCUUUAUUCAGAUAUUGCGGUCCAGCUCCUUAUCCUGGCUCUCUCCCGUGGGCGUAGGAGAGUCAGCUCAGUCAAAUUAUACGGAUUGCUUACUGCCAAAAUGAGAGAUGAGAAGCCAACAGAUAGCCAGAAUUUUUGUUCACUUGUUUAUUUAAAUGGUUGGAAUCCCUGUUGUGUAAAAUGAUGAGCCCUGUAAAUCAAAGUGUUUUUGCAUGUGUUUCUCAUAGGCUGAAAUAUUUCUGCCUGGAAUUAACUGUGGAAGUUGAAAGUGCCCUAUAAAGUUAGAACUUUCCUGCGGAGAUUACUGUCUAAUGCUUUGCCAACAAUGACUAAUUUAAGAAGAAGAAGCUGUGUGGGAUCUGAUUUAUGCCCAAUAGGCAAGAAUGCGCUUGAUGAAUCUGAUAGCCAUUUUUUUCUGUUGUGUCAAUUGUCUAACCGAGUCUGGUUUGGAAGUACUCUAUUACUCUCUUUUAAUGAUGCUGAUUCAGUGGAAUUAAAAGAAUAGCUGUUGCGGCUGUUAUCUGAUGGGAGAUUUUCUGCUAUCAAAUAGCUCUCAUGGCUAUGACGUUAUGGCAGAUCGGGAAAUCAAGAUGUGCAGCAUUGCAUAAAAAUAUCCCAACUGACCCUGUUUUUAUUAUCCCCCAAUCGGAAUGUCUUUUGCGGGAAUCUUGGGAAAGCCAAUGGUUGGAGCUUGAGCCCUAAAAAUAAAUUCGGAUGCAGCUUUCUCAAAUGAUUCGGUGCUGGCAGUAAUUGCUUUCGUUCUGAGGGAUGCCAAUGGAUGAAAAUUAGAUGGUUAGACCAAGAUCUGUUAAAGUUGAUUCAGCGUUUAUGGCAGAGGCAAUGGCGUUGUUGGAGGCAAUUAAUUAUACGCAGGAAAAUGACUUGGAAGAUGUCAAAGUGGAAGCUGAUAAUAAGAACUUAGUUCUGGGUUUUGAUGUAAGAUAAUUUUACCAUUUCACUUCGGUUGUUGGACUGUUUGUUUACUUCAUCAAUGAAUUCUAUUUUGUGGGGGG